CGGUUCAGCCGGUCUUCGUCAACCAACCAGGAAAGAGGGCUUGACGUGAUCCGGACUGAGGCGGAUGAGACCAGAAACCUUUGUUCUGCCUGUUCCUCUCGGUACGCGGCGGAGAUCCCGGAGCCGUCCAUGCGUCCCGCGAAGCCGCGGCCGCAUUUCGAGCGUCGGACGGUCGCGCGCUCGUCUUUUAUUCGCGCAAAAACCACCUCAGUUCAUUGAUUCUGGGCUGUUUUUUUUUUUUUUUUUUUUCGGGCAGAUAUUUUCGCUCCAGCGCGAAGGCGGGUGGUGGAGGGGGGGACAUCUGGCCUUUUUCUUCCCUCCCCCAGCCAGCCAGCUGCUAAAUGGACAUAAACCACGGAACUGAAAGUGGAAGCGACCGAGGUAAUGAUCCUCCUCUCCGAUACGUCCGGCUCCUGGCCCCGCCCCUGCAGCUCCUGUCAGCCGCAGUGUGGCAGGUCGUACAGCAGGGACUGGUGGAUCACUACGGGAUGCUGGAGGAGUUUGUUACCAUGGUGACGGAGCUGGUCCCCGAGCUGAUGAGCUACAGUCAGAGGGCUCAGCUCAUCCUGGGCCUCAGGGCCAGGCUGGUGCUGGAGAUGUGCCGCGGCGAGCCUCCAGCGGACGUGCAGACCAUCCAGCCACAUCUGGACCGGAUCAAGGCUCCCGUCAGCUCCGCCAACGACCAUCAUUCGACCAUCGACCAGGUGGAGGAGUCGGAGGUGAACUUCGUGGAGCUGGUGCACUCCUUACUGCAGGAUUCGUCUGAAAGAAACUAUUUCUUCCAGGAAAUCUACCCCAUUUAUUUUGGGCCGAAGUACGACGCCGCCCUGGAGAUGCUGGUCUGGGAGUUCAUAUCCAGACUGGAGGAGCUGAUGCCUGCGCCGGACUUCACACAGCUGGCGGCUCUGCUCGGUGACGCUCCGUCCGUCCUGGAGGAGUGCUUACAGACGUAUUUUCCGCCGGACGACAUGAAGGCGGUGCUGGAGCACCACCGGAGCCUCGGACACUUCGAAGAGAAAGAUCCCGGGUUGUUACCGAUGGACGACUGCAUCCUGUCGUCCCUGCUGCUGCCGCCCGGAGCCAAACCCGCUCCGGACACCGUCUCCUGCACGCCGGCUCCCGAGGACGCGGCCCCUCCGGAGGACAAAAGGCCCCUCAGAGCCAACGGGUCGGAGCGGUCCAGCAGGUCGGCCGCCGAGUCCGCCAGACAGAAACUGCGGGAGACGAUGAGCUCCGGCGGCCGGCAGCUGCGAGCGCGAGCCGGGACCGACGCUCAGGAGAAGAGCAGAGCGCGGCGCGGCGCCAUAGACCUCACCUCGCUCCGCCGGGCCGCCGACAGUGACUCGGAGGCCAGCGGGAGCAACCAGAGCUCCCGGGCGGGGCGCGACGGGAGGAAGAGGAAGCUGAGCGGCGGCGUGGGCGUUCCCGCCAAGCAGGCGCUGGAGGAGGCGGCGGCUUUCAUGGAUUCCUCGGUCGACGGUGAAAAUUCAGGUGAAUCUCCUCUGAUCUCCAUCUGGGGAGAUUAUACAGACACUCAGGAAAGCGCCUUCCCCGUGGCGACGGACACCAAGGUGCCGUGGUCGGACGAGGAGACGCUCCACCUGCUGGACAUCUGGGGGAAGGACUCGGUGCAGCGCGCCCUGAAGGGCUGCCUGAAGAACCGGCACAUCUUCACUCAGAUCGCGCAGAAGAUGGCGGAGCGGGGCUACAUGAGGACCGUGGAGCAGUGCCAGACCCGGAUCAAGCGGCUGAAGAAGGGCUACCGGCAGAACAGGAAAGGGAACUCCAAAGUGGAGCGCAAGUUCUACGCCCAGCUGGAGCGGGUCCUGGGCUCCUCGGGGCAGUCGUCCGUCCCCGAGAUCACCUACGACGUGGAGGACAUCCUGGACGAGGACAAGCCCCAAGAGGACGAGGAGGACCUCCAGUUCCUGGGACCCCCGGGUCAGCUAGAGAUCGGAACCCGCAGCGUUCCCUGGAAGGACCUGGAGACUCUGUCCCUCAUCAAGAUCUGGGGCGGAGACAAGAUGCAGCAGGAGCUGCGGGGGGUGCACCGCAACGGGCCCCUCUUCUCCAUCAUCUCCUCCCAGCUGACCAGCCAGGGCUUCCCCCGCACGCCGGAGCAGUGCCAGACCCGGCUCAAGAAGCUCAAGUCCAACUUCAGGCAGUGCUACCAGCACAACCUGAGAGGAGGAGAACGGGUCGAGUGCAAGUUCUACAACGAGCUGGGAAGGAUUUUAGUCAAGGACUUUCCUCUGCUGCCGCAGCUGGACGAGCUGCAGGAGGAGGAGGAGCUGGAGGACAGCUUCGCCCUCUACGGCCAGCAGGACGGCGAACCCGCAGCCGCUUCCGGCGAGGACAGGAAGAAGGUCCCCUGGUCGGACAAGGAGACCAUCAUCCUCCUGGAGCUGUGGGGCGACUCGCAGGUCCAGCAGAACCUGCGGCGCUACCCGCACAACGGCCACCUCUUCACCGAGAUCUCCAAGAAGCUGAGCGCCCACGGCUACUCGCGCAGCGCCGAGCAGUGCCACACCCGGAUCAAGCGGCUGAAGGCCAGCUACCGGCAGUGCCAGGAGAACAUGAGCUCGUCUGGGACCGACAGGCCCGACUUUAAGUUCUACGACCUGCUGGAACAAAUCCUGGACAAGCAGCCGUCCACGUCGUCCGCCGCCGCGACGGACUCCAUCGAGAUAUCGGAAGACUCCAACAGCGAGUCCGUGACCGAGAAAGAUGAGGAAACGUCGGGGGAGCGGCCGGCGUCCAGCCUGUGGACGGAUGAGGAGACGCUGGCGCUCAUCAACGUCUGGGGCGACGAGGACGUGCAGACGGCGCUGAGGGGAUACGUGCACAACGGCCGCGUCUACAGCGAGAUCUCGGAGAGGCUGCGCGACCACGGCUUCGCCAAGACCACCGAGCAGUGCCGCUGGAAGGUCAAGUCGCUGAGGAUCAACUUCAGGCAGUGCUACGACAGGAAGAAGAGCGGGAAGAAAGUGGACUACAAGUUCUACAGCGAGCUGGAGCAGAUCCUGGGCCAGGAGGCCAGCUCUCUGGACGAGUACGACGAGCGGGACGAGCUGGCGGAGCAGGAGCAAGCGGCGGCCGACGGCCUGAACAACCCGUGGACGGAGCACGAGACGGCCGCCCUGAUCGAGGUGUGGGCGGCGGACGACGUGCAGCACAGCCUGCGGACCUGCGUGCGCAACGGCCACAUCUUCGCCGAGAUCGCCGAGAAGAUGGCGGCGCUGGGCUACCUGCGCACGGCGGAGCAGUGCCACACGCGCAUCAAGCGGCUGAAGAAGACGUACCGGCGCUACUGCAACAGCCAGAGGAACGGCGGGCGAUCGUCGGCGUACCGGUACUUCUCGCUUCUCGCUCCAGUGCUCGGCGACGACUCCAUCUUCUCCGACUUAUUCGACACGACGGCGGCGGACGACGACACCUUGCCUUCGCUCCUCGACGAGGACCCCAUCCUGUACGAGCCGCCGUCCACCAGCCUCCCGCUGGCCGACACCAGCCGCAAGAUGCCCUGGACGGAGCAGGAGACGCGCACGCUGCUCGCCAUCUGGGGCGGCGACUACGUCCAGCUCACCCUCAAGGGCUGCCUGAAGAACCGGCACAUCUUCGAGUACAUCUCCGACAAGAUGAGCGGCCAGGGCUUCAUCCGCACGUCGGAGCAGUGCAGCACCCGCAUCAAGAGGCUCAAGCAUGGAUACUUUCACGAGAAGGAGGAUUUCAAGUUCUUCAACGACAUGGAACAAAUCUUCAACAAGGACCUGAAAGCGGACAGCACGAUCGCCGAUCCGUCUCUUUCAGAGGACACGGUGACCUUCGACCUCGAAAACGAAGCCGGACUAAAACCAGGUAACCAGUGGGUGCUGGCCGACAGCACCAAGCUGCCCUGGAGCGACGGCGAGACCGAGACCCUCCUGACCGUCUGGGGGAGCGCGGAGGUCCAGGAGAACCUGAAGAGCUGCACCAAGAACAAACACAUCUUCCUCCAGAUCUCUCAGGCCAUGUGCGGCCAGGGCUACAACCGCACGCCCGAGCAGUGCCAGAGCCGCGUCAAGAGGCUGCGCGCCAACUUCAGGCACUUCCUGGAGGGCAGAAAAGGCGACAAGCAGGAGUGCAAGUUCUUCGACCUGCUGAUGAAGAACUUCGGCUCCAGAUACGGGAUGAGCGCCGACGCGCUGGCCGACGACGCGGCCGACGCCAGCGAGUCGUGAGACGGUCCAGCGAGGCGACGCUCGAGCCGCACAAACGCCCAGCUGAAGCGAGACGGACUCCCGGGCAGGAGCGGCGGCGCGAACUGCCGCCGUGUUUACAGAAGACUGAGGAGAGCCUGAGCAGACCCCCCACCCCACCCCACCCCACUCCCCCCACCCCCCCGCUGUGUAUACUGAAAACUCGUUACAGUGACGUUCUCCUGGACCACAGAGCUGCUGCGAAGAGGUGAAUCCGCCUCGCCAAGAGCUCAGGGUUUAAGGGACGGAUCGGAAUCUGGCGCCAAACGCCGUGCUUCUGCCACAAACAUGGCUUUUCUACCAUUUUUGGUGUUUUUUUUUUUUUUUUUUGUUUUAUUUUGUAUUUGAAGUGAGGUAACUGAAGCACAUGGAAAAAGAAGCAAGGCCUUUAUUAAUGUCUUAUUCCACGGUUCACGUCUUUUAUUUUGUAAAAACUGAGUUAUGUUAGCAUUAAAGAGUUUAAGAGUUCGAGUCGUCACGCCCUUAAUAAUUUAUUCACAUUUGUAUUUCCGAGAUUGUUUAUUUUUCUGUGUUCCACUUCAAACCACAUGUACGCACGCGUCUGUGUUCUGAGGUCGUCGGGUUUUUUUUCAUACCCAAUAAAUCAAACGUGAA